AUGGGUAAUGAUGGAGGCAGCAUCCCUGACAGGCGCGACCUUGUGAAGAACAAGCCAAAAGCCGAACAAGCCGACAAGGCGAAUCAGGUUCGCGCGCUUUGGUUCUUCUGCGCCCUCUCAAAGCGUGCUCUCCAGGAGCCAGUCGUCUCUUGUGCUCUUGGGAAACUCUAUAACAAAGACGCCCUUAUCGAGUACCUACUGGACAAGUCGGCCUAUGGAGACGGAGAAGAGAUAUGCGGACAUAUCCGCUCGCUAAAGGAUGUGAAAACGUUGAAACUAACUCCGAGAUCUCCUCCACCCUCCCCAGGUUCUGAUGUCGCUAAAUUUGUCUGCCCACUUAAUCUGAAAGAGAUGAAUGGUGCCUACCCUUUUGUAUACAUCCACACCUGUGGGUGCGUGUUCUCCCAAUCCGGUCUUCGGACGGUCAUUGGAUCGACUCCAACUUCGAAAUCUCCAUCGAACGACGAGGGCUCUGGGGUUGGCAAUGAGCAACUCGAUGUCUGUCCACAGUGCGCUACCAAGUUCUCAAGGUCCACAGACGUUAUCACUGUCAAUCCUUCCAAAGAAGAGGAAGAGCGCAUGCAGACCAUGAUGGAUCUCCGGCGUUCUCGGGAACCUGUAAAGCCGAAAUCUAAGAAGCGCAAGGCCAAUGCCGAUGGUGCUGUUGCAGACAAGUCGGCCGUCGCCAAGAAAAAGAAAGAGUCUACGAAUAGUCACUCGCCCUCACCAGCACCUGUCAUCAACCCUGCCGUCGCUGCUGGAUCCAAGGCACUUGCUAGCUCCCUCCUCGCAGAGGAGGCCAAGCGGAAAGCCGGUAUGAGCGAUGCAGUAAAGUCGCUUUAUCGUUCCAAAUUCAAUCAACCCAAGCAGACAUUCACUACGAUGGGCACGUUCACGAGAUACGCAUAA